CUUUUUUUAUCUGUAUUUACUCAUUUUGUGGUCCAACCCUGUAUUCUUCCUCAAGAAAAUCCUUGCCAUUCUGAAAUGAAAGAGCCAAGAAUAUCUCGUGAAAUUUCAGGAGCAAUGGAGUGCUCUGAAGAUGAUUUUUUGAAUAUUGAUAGGGAUUACAGACUUGAGAAACCUUAUGCUACAGACAAAGUGGCUCUUCUGAUUGGUAACCUCACAUAUCGAAACCACCCACAGCUGAAAGCACCCAUGGUUGACGUGUACGACCUCACCAAUCUGCUGCGGCAACUCAACUUUAAAGUGGUGUCUCUGCUGGAUCUAACCGAGUUCGAGAUGAGGAACGCUGUGGAGGAGUUCUUGUCCCUGCUUCAUAAGGGAGUGUAUGGUACUGUGACUUCUAUACAGUUUAUGCUACUGCAGUCUCCUAUGAACAUUGUAAUC